GCCACACCCUGGCCUGGCAGGGGAGUUAGGCUGUGGGCAGCUGCCACCCGGGGACAACACAGUAGGUGGCUGAGGAGGAUGGCGUGCCUGGGUUUCCUCCUCCUAGUGGGCUCACUCCUCCUCCUAAUCAGCACCAUGGCCCAGGGGGAGUACGGCGUGGUCCACGUGGUGUCCGAGAACUGGAGCAAGGACUACUGUAUCCUGUUCAGCUCCGACUACGUCACCCUACCCCGAGACCUGAGCCACGCCCCCCUCCUGCCCCUGUACGAUGGCACCAUGGCAGCCUGGUGCCCAGGAGAGGAUUCCUUCCACCAGGCCCAGCCCAGCUCCCCCAGACCACAGCCCCUCCGCCACACCACCGCCAUGGUCAUGAGGGGCAACUGCAGCUUCUACGAGAAGGGCUGGCUGGCUCAGGGCCGAGGCGCCCACGGGCUGCUCAUCGUGAGCCGGGUCAGCAACCGACAGUGCUCAGACACCACACCAGCAUCCCAAGACCCCCGCAAGCCCCUGCCAGACCUCACCAUCCCUGUGGCCGUGCUGCGCUACAGUGACAUGCUUGACAUCUUCAGCCACGCUCGCGGCAAUGCCGUCAUCCACGUGGCCAUGUACGCGCCCCCGGAGCCCGUCAUGGACUACAACAUGGUGGUCAUCUUCAUCCUGGCUGUGGGCACCGUGGCCGCAGGAGGCUACUGGGCCGGCAUGACUGAGGCCGAUCGGCUGCAGCGGCUCCGGGCCCGAGGAGGAGGAGGGGGGCCUGGAGGUCACAAUCAGCCGCAAGGAGCAAUAGCCGAGGGGUCUCAGGGAGGUCAGGAGGGUGAGGAGGAUGAGGAUUCGCCAGUGGACUUCACACCAGCCAUGACGGGCGCCGUGGUCACCAUGUCCUGCUCUAUCAUGGUGCUGCUCUACUUCUUCUAUGAUUGCUUCGUCUACGUCAUGAUUGGGAUCUUCAGCCUGGGCGCCGGCACCGGCCUCUACAGCUGCCUGGCACCCCUGGUGCGUCACGUGUCCCUGUGGCAAUACCAGUGGCCUGGCAGCCGGUCCUAUCUGCAGCUGUCCCUGCUGCUGCUGGCAGGCCUGUGUGCCUUGGUGACCCUUCUCUGGGUCAGUUACCGCAAUGAGGACCGCUGGGCGUGGCUCCUGCAGGACAUACUGGGCAUCACCUACUGCCUUUUCGUCCUGCGGCGUGUGCGGCUGCCCACACUCAAGAACUGUGCCUCUUUCCUGAUGGCCCUGCUGGCCUUCGAUGUCUUCUUCGUCUUUGUCACACCCCUCUUCACCAAGACAGGGGAGAGCAUCAUGGUGGAGGUCGCUGCAGGCCCAACAGAUUCUUCCAGCCAGGAGAGGCUGCCCAUGGUGCUCAAGGUGCCCCGGUUGAGCUUCUCGGCCUUGACACUAUGUGACCAGCCCUUUUCCAUCCUUGGCUUCGGUGACAUUGUGGUCCCCGGCUUCCUGGUUGCCUAUUGUCACCGCUUUGAUGUGCAAGUCUGCUCUCGCCAGGUCUACUAUGUGGCCUGCACCAUGGCCUACGCCGUGGGCCUGCUGGUCACCUUUGUCGCCAUGGUUCUCAUGGAGAUGGGCCAGCCGGCCCUGCUCUACUUAGUGUCCAUCACCCUGGUCACCAGCCUGGCUGUGGCUGCCUGCCGCCAGGAGCUCACCCUCUUCUGGACGGGCCAGUGCAAAGCCAAGGUGCCUGCCCAGCCUGGGGCAGGGCUCUGUGUUGCGCCGGUGGCUGGCUCCAAGCAGAAGCAGGAGGGCACAGCGGAUGGCCACCCCGCUGGCGAGUUUGAGGUGGUCACCAACCAAAGCACAGAAGACAUAGACGUCAACCCUCGGGAGGACACAGCUGAACUGGUCACCAUUUCUGAGGAUGAAACCAUCCGUCCAGAGGGCCACAGUGACAGUUCUGAGGGCUGGAGCGACGCCAACCUGGAUCCCGAUGAGCUGACCCCCAACUCUCCCGGGUCCUCAGAGGAGCUGAUACCACUGAUGCCAGUGAUGCCCGUGGCCAUGCUGGUCCCACUCAUGCCGCCACCCCCACCCUCGGAGCUGGGCCAUGCCCACACCCAGGCCCACGACGCCAGCCUGCCCUGGACAGGGCUCCACAAGAGGAAGGGCUUGAAGGUAAAGAAGAGCUUGUCAACACAGGCUCCCCUGUAACUGGAGGCCCUGGGACCUGUGCCUCUACGAGGGCCGCCAGAAUAUUGCAGAGCAAAGCCACGCGUGGCAAAAGAGAGAUCGGGGCAUUAGAGAAAUUCCAUAUCUA